CUACGGCGUUUGGUAUAAAAUCCCGCGCGUCCCAGAGGCUCCACGGUCACUUGCGAACGACGCCAUCUCAACAACACACGAUGAACGCCAAGCUCCUGAUUCUCUUGGGCCUGCUAGCCAUGGCUGCAGCUGACACCCGCCCCAUUUACAACAACGAAGGAGAAUCAGAGGAUUCCUCCGAAGAAUCCUACGAGUCCAGCGAAGCCAAGUACAGCUUCACGUGGGCCGUGAGCGACGACUCCUCCAGCAACGAAUUCGGACACCAGGAGGCCCGCGACGGCGACUUCACCCAGGGGUCCUACUACGUCCAGCUCCCCGACGGGCGUCUGCAGAAGGUGUCCUACCAUGUCGACGGCGACGACGGCUACGUCGCCGAAGUCACCUACGAAGGAGAAAUCGAAUCCGAUGAAUCGGACGAAUCAGAUGAGUCUGAUUAGUUCAACGAAAUAAAAAUAAAAAUUGCUCAAUUAGAAAUUAGAAAAAAAAAAACAAAAAAUAGUGCUUCGUGGAUUCUGUGAAUCCUGAUAAUUCAUCUUCAUUGUUGUCGCUUUCAGAUGUUCCCGAAAUAAAUGUCGAAUAGA